CGCAGGCUCUUUUUUUUCUUCACUCGGUACUCGUUUGCGCAGUGGGUCUGCUUCCCCAGAUUCUUUCCCCGGAUUUGGGUGGAUAUUAGUGCAUAAGCACCUGCUAAACCUAAUCGGGUACCACAAGACCUAGGUCCAGCCAUCGCCAGUGGUAUCAUUGUCACGCGAUCCAAUGCUCAUUCCCAGUCCGGGAGAAGGAAGUCGUUACCCCGCCCGGGCUGCGUAAGGGGCAGGAAAUGGCAAUGGGAUGCUCACUCACGGAAGCGAGUACCACCGUGCCUGCCUGCCUUUAUCAAGCCACUGUUUCCCCUCUCUCCAACCUUCUCCUCUUCUCUUUUCUUCUCAUCACAUCCCAACCAUCUUCAUCCAUCGUCUUUGAUUCAUCAAACAGCUCUUGGAUCCGUUCUGAUCCAGCCAAUCAACCAUCGCCAUGUCUGAACCUCUCACCAAGGUCGACUCCGCCGUUCAAGGCCUGUCAUCAUCACCGCCCAAAGAGAAGGGCCAUAGGAGAACAAGCUCUAGCGCGGCUGGUGUUAUGACCAUUGCUGAAAUCAAUGAAAGCCAUGCUCCUCUAGAACUCGCAAUAGAGACACAGCAGACAGCGUGGAAAAUAAAUCAGCGGCCCAAGGAUCUCGACAAUGAUCAGCUGCUACAGGUUCCCCUCACCAAGCCUCCCAUCAAGAGCAUAACAUUGAGGUUCCCCCAUGGCAAAGAAGUCGUGGCUCGAAACCUGAAGGGCCUGACAAUAGGUGACGCCCUGUCGGCCAUUCACAAGGCGAACAAGAACCGAGCUGAUGAUGAGCUUGAUAAUCCGUAUCUCAAGGGCUUCGCAUGGGAUCAGGGCGAGAGCUACUUUGAAGUACAUCUCCAGAGCCAGCCGGCGACGGGCUCGUCAAGCGGCGGUGGCGGUGGCAAGAAGAAGAAGAAGUCCAAGGACAAUGACGAGUAAAUGAAUAUCCACCCAUCCUAAUGUCUGUUCAAUAGUUCCUUCAAUUGUUUUUUUGUUUGGCUUCGCCUGGUUCGUGCGAGUCGGCGCCCGGGAUAUUGCAACUAGAUGUUGUUGGUCGGG